AUGGCCGCGUCCACCCUGUCUGUCUGCUCCAGCGACCUGAGCUACGGCAGCCGCGUCUGCCUGCCCGGCUCCUGGGACUCCUGCCCCGACUCCUCCUGGCAGGUGGACGACUGCCCAGAGAGCUGCUGCGAGCCCCCCUGCUGCGCUGCCCCCUGCUGCGCCCCCAGCUGUUGCCAGUCCAGUGGCUGCACCCCCAGCGGCUGCGCCCCAGCCUCCUGCCUGACCUUCAUCUGCACCCCCGUGAGCGGCGGGUCCAGCCCCUGCCAAUCAGCCUGCACCAGCUCCUGCCAGCCCCCCUGCUGCAGCUCCUCCCCCUGCCAGGAAGCCUGUGGCGCGUCCAUCUGUUGCACCCCUGUCUGCUUCAAGCCCGUCGGCUGCACCCCUCUCUGCUGCGAGACCUCCCCCUGCUCGGCCUCCUCAUGCUGCCAACAGUCUAGCUGCCAGCCCUCCUGUUGCAGCUCCUUGCCCUGCCAGGAAACCUGUGGCGCGUCCGUCUGCUGCACCUCUGUCUGCUGCAAGCCCCUCUGCUUCACCCCUGUCUGCUGCAAGCCCCUCUGCUUCACCCCUGUCUGCUGCAAGACCUCCCCCUGCUCAGCCCCCUCCUGCAGCUGGCCCAGCCCCUGCUCCUCGUCCUGCUGCAGGCCUUCCUCCUGCGUGUCCCUGCUCUGCCAGCCCGUGUGCAGGCCCGCCUGCUGCGUGCCCGCGUCCUCCUGCCAGCCCAGCUGCUGCCGCCGGGCCUCCUGCGUGUCCCUGCUCUGCCGGCCCGUGGGCUCCCGCCAGGCCUGCUGCGUGCCCGCCUCGGCCCAGAAGUCCUGCUGCUGA